GGGUCCAUGACCUCAGCUCUGUGUGGAAGGUCCGUUAGUCAGCCAUCAUCGUGUGAUUGAGACAGAGACGAGAGCGAGAGAAGAGACACGAGGGACGUGAGGGACACGCUGACAUGACAAGUGAAUACCACGACGAGGUAGAAGAUGACAGCAGCUCCUUCUGGAACAAAGAACCUCGGCCCGUCUCCUUCUCGGGGGUGUCCAGGUCUAGGCGCUGGUUGGUUCCGGGUCUUGGGGCUGCAGUAGUUCUGGUUCUGAUCAUCGUGGUUGGAGCCACCAACACUCAGACCCUGAGACAACUCUGGUCUGUGGAAAAAACUGUUUCCAACCUGACGGAGUCUCAAAGCUCCACCCAGCAGCUCGCCUCAGAAACCAGUACAGAGGUUCGACGACUGAAGUUUGCUGUGGAGAAUAACAGAGAUCAGUUGACUUCAGUCUCUGAGGCUCUGAAGCAGCUCUCCGCUCUGGACACCAUCAGCAGAACCGUGGCUGCACUGAAAUGUACCAUCGAACGCAGACUCAAUAACGGGUCCAUGUCAGCUGGCUGCUGUCCUCUGGGCUGGGAGAUGCUGGAGUCAAGCUGUUACUACUUCAGUAAGAUCCCCCUGUCCUGGCACGAGGCCAGAGACUGGUGCAAUGGACACGAGUCCCACCUGGUCAUACUAAUGAGGGACGAGGAGUGGGACUUUGUGACCAGAAUGGCAGGUGGAACUUUCUUCUGGGUUGGUCUGACUGAUGAGAAGUCUGGGAGAUGGGAGUGGGUCAACCAGACCCCGUACGUCAUGAACCGCAGACGGUGGAGACCGGGACAGCCUGACAGCUGGACGCAUCAUGGUCUGGGCCCUGGAGACGAGGACUGUGCUCACCUGCACUACGAGGGACAGCUCAAUGACCUGCACUGCUCCCCAGGCUGCGCUACAUCUGUCAGAGACACAGUCAGCGCACCUGAACCGCUCCAGGGUCAAGUCAGAGCCCUCGGGGGUCUUCCUGGCCCUCAUGGGCCAGUAACCCUUUACCUGUGAGAGGUCCUGUGUCCACUUCCUGGUUCUGAUCAGAUCAACAUCAGCGAGGUGAUGUCAUCACCAUCAUCAUGUCUCAGUCAUCUGUGGAAUCAGACUAAACGUCUCAGCCUGAAUCACCUGCAGGUCUUAUUUCGAAAACCACAUCCAGCUUCCUGUGAGACGAUGCUCUCCUCUGGACAUGUUGUGUCUACUUCCUGGAUAGGUUUUAUCUAAAUAAACUUCUGCAGCAACAACA